GCAAGACUAGAUGAAGAACUAAACAAAAUGAAUCAGUUUCACAAGGCCAAAGAAACAGAGUUUUUGGGAAGAGGACAGAUUCUGAAGAAACAGUUGGAGAUUCUUGCAGAACUCAAACAGAUCUUAAGUGAUCGGAAGAAGAGAAACUUGUCUGGAUCACAUCGCUCCUUCUCUUCUUCUGCUCGAAACUCUGAUUUCUCAGCAGGGUCUCCAGGAGAACUAAGUGAGACACAAAGUGAAACAUCAAGAACUGAUGAAAUCAUAGAUGCACUAGAGAGGAACGGUGUGAGUUUCAUAAACUCUGCAACGAGGAGCAAAACAAAAGGAGGCAAACCAAAAAUGUCUCUUCGAGUCGACAUCCCUGACGCCGUGGCUGGAGCCGAAGGUGGCGGUGCAAGAUCCAUAGCCACUGCCACUUCUGUCCUGUGGGAAGAGCUCGUCAACAACCCAAGAAGCGGCGGAGGAGAUUUCAUCAACCGGAAAAAGAUUCAAUGCGCCGAGAAGAUGAUACGAAGUGCCUUUGUUGAGCUCUAUAGAGGUCUUGGCUUGCUAAAGACUUACAGCUCGUUGAAUAUGAUAGCUUUUACAAAAAUAAUGAAGAAAUUUGAUAAGGUUUCUGGUCAGCAAGCAUCAUCAACUUAUCUCAAAGUCGUAAAGAGAUCGCAAUUUAUCAGCUCUGAUAAGGUGGUAAGACUGAUGGACGAAGUGGAGUCCGUAUUCACAAAGCACUUCGCCAACAAUGACAGGAAAAAGGCCAUGAAAUUCUUGAAACCCCACCAGACUAAAGAUUCUCACAUGGUCACUUUCUUUGUUGGAUUGUUUACGGGUUGCUUCAUCUCAUUGUUUAGUAUUUACAUAAUACUGGCACAUCUUUCUGGAAUCUUCACCUCUGGUGCGCAAGUCUCUUAUAUGGAGACUGUCUAUCCUGUUUUCAGUGUUUUUGCGUUGCUGAGUCUACAUAUGUUCAUGUACGGAUGCAAUCUGUUCAUGUGGAAGAACACGAGGAUAAACUAUACGUUCAUCUUCGAGUUUGCACCAAACACAGCAUUGCGUUACCGAGACGCGUUUCUGAUGGGAACCACGUUCAUGACCUCCGUCGUGGCCGCUAUGGUCGUACAUCUCAUCCUCCGCGCCGCCGGUUUCUCCGCCAGUCAAGUCGAUACCAUUCCUGGCAUCCUCCUCCUGAUCUUCAUUUGUGUCUUGAUUUGCCCUUUGGACACAUUUUAUCGUCCAACAAGAUUCUGCUUCAUUCGCAUCUUGCGGAACAUUGUUUGCUCGCCUUUCUACAAGGUACCAAUACUUUGGUUACUUUCAACACAAGCGAUCUGCAGAAACUCCCUUAAAACCUCUUAA